AGUCACCGCCAAGGCGGGCGCUGCCCUGCCCGCAGCCCCCCAGGCCGUGUCGCCGCGGCCGGCGCUGGGCGCUGCCCCCCGGAUCGUGGCCCCGCAGCUGAUCGUGCGGCCGCCGCCGCAGACCACCAUCCAGCUGCCCCCCGGCUUCACCAUCCCGCCCGGGAUGGUCCUGGUGCGCACGGAYGCCGGACAGCUCGUGAUGGUGCCCCAGCAGGCUCUGGCACAGGCUCAGAUGCAGGCUCAGUUGCAGACACAGGGGCAGGGUUCUGCCAACAUGUCACCCAGGCUUUCUGUGCCCACAACUGGCCCUGUUUUUCGCCUGUCAACAGCUCAGCAGCCAUCGCCGGUGGCCACAUCUGGCGUGCGCCUGGGGCUGCCGGUGCAAGCCAAGGUGGUGCCAUCGACAGCGGCCCCCGCCAGCGCCACAGCCACGCUGCCUGGAGGGGCUGUGCUGUCCCACGCCGUGGUGUCAGUAGCUACAACGAGUGCUCAGAAUUUGUUCAAGACAACAGUAGCAAGUGGAAGUUCAGCUCCUCAGCAGGCGGCAGUGGUGGCGGGAGGUCAGAGCCAAGGCUCCGGCCAGCCCCCCGGGCAGCCCCGGCUGCCGCUGCCCCCUCACACGGCCGUGCAGGUCCCAGCACAGCCCCUGGUCAUCCCCAGCUCUCCUGUGCCUGGAACUACAGUUGUGUCACAGGAAAUGCAAGAAAAUGUGAAAAAAUGCAAAAACUUUUUAGCUACCCUUAUAAAACUUGCUUCUCAUAAUUCGCCAUCUCCAGAAACGUCCCGCAAUGUGAAAGCUCUGGUUCAAGAUUUGUUGGAUGCAAAGAUUGAUCCAGAAGAAUUUACAGGCCGCCUUCAAACAGAACUCAAAUCAUCUCCUCAGCCGUAUCUUGUACCUUUCCUUAAGAAAAGUCUACCUGCACUGAGACAAUCUUUACUGAAUAGUCAACAUUUGGUUUUGCAAGGACAGCCGUCUCAGCAGUCACUCCAACAAACCAAGCUCUCGCAAGUUAUACCUCAAUCUGCCUCGGGAAGCAUUUCCUCUGUUGUCACGACGCAGACAAUAGGAAUAAGGCAACCAAACAACAUUUGCACAGUGUCUGUAUCAAAUACAGUGCAGCCUCCUCAGGUUAAGGUGGUACAGUCAAAUCAGAGUUCUCAACUGCAGAUUAUCCAGUCAACAUCUGCUCAAACUGUGAAACGAACCCCUGCUUGCCAGACUACCCAGAUUAGGAUGCCAGUGGUAAUAACUCAGACCAUUAGACCACAAGGCACAGUAGGGAAGGCACCAACAAUACAAGCCAGUAAAAGUCCUGGGGGCUUUGGUGUUCAGGUCUCUGCAAAUCAGAAAAACAAGCUGAAUGACCCUGGAGGUGGUUCUUUCAGAGAUGACGAUGACAUCAAUGAUGUUGCUUCAAUGGCUGGUGUUAAUCUCAAUGAAGAAAGUGCCCGAAUUUUGGCCACCAACUCUGACUUGGUUGGAAUCCAGAUCCAGUCCUGUAAAGAUGAACCCUUUCUUGCUGCUAUACCUCUCCAUAAACGCAUACUUGAAACGGCUAAAAAACUAGGAAUUACUGAUGUGCCAGCUGAGGUCGUUACUUUUAUUUCCCACGCAACACAGAACAGAUUAAGAACAGUGAUAGAAAAAGUGACGGUGAUAACCCAGCACCGAAUGGAGUCGUACAAAGAUGACGAAUGGUAUGAACAAGCCACAGAUGUCCGGUCACAGCUGAAGUUCUUUGAACAGUUGGAGCGUUUAGAAAAGCAAAGGAAAGAUGAACAAGAGAGGGAAAUCUUGCUGAAGGCAGCCAAGAGUCGCUCAAGGCAAGAAGACCCAGAGCAAGCUAGACUGAAACAAAAAGCAAAGGAGAUGCAGCAGCAGGAGCUGGCCCAGAUGAGGCAGAGGGAUGCCAAUCUSACGGCGCUGGCAGCCAUUGGUCCCCGGAAGAAGCGGAAGCUGGAUGCACCCGGGCUGCUGACCAUCGGAGGAGAGAUUAGUGCUAGGGAAUUAGCUGAGCUGGRAACAGAAGUGGAUCUUGUUUAUACGCUAAAAUUGACUUAG